GUUAAGUCCAAAGACAAAAUGAUGACGAAGCUCCUUGUUGGUAUUUGAACAAAUUGCACUGGGAAAGUUGAGGGAUUGUAUAGUAGACGAACAUAUAUUUUGGAAGGUAAGUUAGUAUAGUAAAUGUAUGCUUACAUUUAUGCAUGGUGUAGGACAUUUGCAAAUUGAGCGAGGACAUCAAACGCCCCAGAUAGUUCACUGAAGUGAUGUCCGGAAUGGGUGCGGCACCGGUUGUUCUAUGUCUAGUUGCAUUAGUUGCGAUAUGUUUGCAAGGAGCAUACGCUGGAACUCGAACCUUGACUACAAUUGAUGACAACGGGUAUGAAGAUGUUGUCAUCGCGAUUGGAAAUGAUGUUCCGGAAGAUAGUAACAUCGUUACCGAAUUGAAGAAAAUAUUUAUAAGUGCUUCGCCUUAUUUGUACCAAGCAACGAGGAAGCGUGCUUACUUCCGGGGCGUAUCGAUCCUCAUUCCUCCAACAUGGGUGGACAAGCCAGAAUAUGAAGACGCUGUACUUGAAACCUUCAAUCGUGCAGAUUACCGUGUAGACCUUCCCAAUCCAAUUUGGGGCGACAACCCGUAUUCUAAACAAAGUGGGCAAUGUGGUCAUCCAGCAGAAUAUUCCCAUCUGACCCCUGACUUUGUACUUGAUAGAAACCGUGAUAGAGUCUGGCGUUGGGGAGAUCCAGGUCGAGUUGUGGUCCAUGAGUUUGCUCAUAUUCGCUAUGGAGUAUUUGAUGAAUAUGGAGAAGACAGUGAUAGUGAGCAUCCCUUCUUUUACAUCAACGAGAAGGGCCGACCUGCGUCAACUGGGUGUACCAAAGAUGUCACCGGAUGGUCAUUAAAUAGGUUCACCUACCAGAGAUGUCAACGGAAUAGAACAUCCGGGCUUCCCGAGAAUGAUUGCCGAUUCUUUCCUGACUUGUCUGCCUCUCAACCCGCAAAGGCAUCAAUCAUGCACAUGCAGUUUUUAGAUCCAGUUCGUGGAUUUUGUGAGAGCAGUAACACUGAUGAAGAAUUGUCUCACAAUAUUCUCGCACCAAACAAACAUAACAAGAUGUGCUCUCUGCAAGGGACGUGGGACGUAAUAUCUCAAAACGAGGACUUCCAACCAGGGAAUAAUGAACCACGUGACAUUGCUGAUGUCACACCUAACAUCCGGGUGCUCUACAGACGAUACCGAGGGUCUGGGGGUGGUGAUAUUACACCCCCAUGUAAAAGAAUUGCUUUGGUUUUUGACGUAUCACAAAGUAUGAUUGUUCCGAAAAACCGUAUGUUUCCUCUAAGACAAGCGACGUACAAGUUUAUCCAAAAUACUCUUCCCGAGGGCACUGAGAUUGGUCUAGUUACAUUCUCUACAACUGCUCAGAUAGUGCAGGAUAUGAUGCGCAUAGAAGGCCAGGAAGAUCGGGACUUUUUCUCCUCUAAACUCCCAACAUGGCCGGUUGGAUUGACUGCCAUCGGGCAAGGACUUGAACUUGGAAUGCAGUUACUAGAGGAAGGUGAUACAACAGAUGCCACCCUUAUCCUUAUGACUGAUGGUGUGGAGAACCAGCAACCGACAAUUAGUGAGCUGCUUAGUCAGGGAAGGUUCCAGAACAAAGGGGUCCGCAUCAAUGCCAUCGCCUACAGUGACCAGGCUGAUAUCGACCUUGAACGACUGGUGGAGGAAACUGAUGGGAUGUUUUACUACUACUCUGAGGAACAGACCUCAGUCGCAUUGGACGAUGCAUUUGCUAGAUCUGUAAUGGAGACACGAACUUGUGCCGCAGAAGGGGAACCAAUUGAGCUUCAUAGUUGCAAAGAACUAGUGAUGGACGGCCUUGACCCAAAGAUGAAUGGCGUCGGUAUUGACGAGACCGUUGGGGAGAAAACCUCUUUCAUUUUCUCAUAUUCUGUUGCAGAUUCUAUUGAGGUGGAGGUAAUGGGUCCAAAUGGUGAAGUUUUUGACAAAACAAGUCCUUAUUACCAAGAUGACAAGGAAUUCAAGAUCAUAACGUUUACCUUUCCGCGUACAGAUCCUGGUAUUUGGAUCUGGAGGAUCACUCGGUUAGACGGUGGUGUUCACUUUAUCGGAGUUAAUGUCAAAUCUCACGCAGCACCAAACAUCGAGGCAGUGACCGCAAUAGCUUGGAUGAACGACGUCCAACUGACAUUCCCGCGGACAGGGAUUAUCUACGCUGAUGUAAGGCAAGGCUAUGCACCAGUAAUCAGAGCAAAGGUUGUCGCAACUGUUGAGCGACCAGAAGGUGACCCUGUUGAUGUGCUGCUGUACGAUACAGGAGUAGGUGGCGACACAACAGCAGACGAUGGGAUCUAUUCGGCUUAUUUCACGCAGUACACUGUAGAUGGAAGAUACUCUAUCUAUGUGGAGGUGUCAAAUCCUGAUGGCAAUGCGGUCAUUAAAGCUGCAGGAACAACUAGUGGAGGAGCGUACAGUCUAUGGCAAAAUUUCACGACGAGUAGCGUAGAGAACCCGGUUCCUUAUCUCAACCGCCAUAGUUCUGCCGGUGCCAUAAGCGUUCACGAUGUGAUGGAUAUAGAUAUGAUGCCGCCAUCUAGGGUCACCGACCUGAGAGUAAUGGCCCAUUCGGAAGAACAUGGCACCGUAACGCUGCAGUGGACCGAAACGGGCGACGACUAUGACUAUGGAACGGUGACUGCUUUUACAAUUUACAUGCACGAGGAUUUCGAUCAGUUACGAGACAAUCCGAAAGAGGGCACACCUAUCACAAUGGCAUACGUUGUUGACGGGCACUUAAAUUCAUUAGCUGCUUCACAGAAACAUAGAAUAACUAUCAAGACCCCCAGGAGUGGCUCGGAUGCAGUGUAUGCAUUUGUAAUGAGAUCAUGGGAUGAGGCACUUAACUACAGUCCCUACUCAAAUUAUGUUACUGUGCUGAUGGAAGGAUCUACAAAUAUAAUCGUCACACAAGAACCUAACCCAAGCACAGCUGAGCGCGCUCCAGAAAAGUUUACAUGGCCAACAGAAAAACCAAGUACAAGGGCAGCAGAAAUUCCCACGGUAUCGAAAUUAACAUCUCUAGUUCCCGAGGAAAUUCCAGUUGAAAAAGCAACCUCAACGCCAAGUAAACCCACGAUGUUCCCAAAAAGUACCCAAGUGCCUCCUGAUGAGAUUACCAAUAAACCCAAUGAAACUCCCAUUACACCAUCGUCUUCAGAGAGAUCCAAAAGACCGCCUGACCAUACGUUGCUACCGACAAUUAGAGAGCACCCAAAGAGCACAAAAUUGGUGAGAGAAACAACAGAUGCUUUGAAAACUACCAUUGGAGAGCAACGUCGUAGCACGAAGAUGCCUCGAGAAUCGACUGUAGUACAACGAUCUACUCUUGGAACUCACAGGACAAGCAAACAGAAUGAUGCUAUUGAUGUAAAAACGUCAACUUUACAAACUGACAACGAAAACGCCCAGAGUACAACGCCACAUUAUUCUCAUACAAAUGAUCCAAACACUGUUAUUGGCGUGAGGUCAACAAUACAAGACGACAACGGAAGAGAGAGAAGCUCUACACGAAGAUAUUCUCGUACGAAUGAUCCAAACGAUAUAAUUGGUGUAAAGUCGACAUCACAAGACGACAAUGGAAGAGAGAGAAGCACUACACGAAGAUAUUCUGGUACGAAUGAUCCAAACGAUAUAAUUGGAGUGAAGUCAACAACUUCACAGUACGGCAAUGGAGGAGAGCGAAGCACUACACGACGAUAUUCUGGUACGAAUGAUCCAAACGAUAUAAUUGGAGUGAAGUCAACAACUUCACAGUACGCCAAUGGAAGAGAGAGAAGCUCUACACGAAGAUAUUCUGGAACGAAUGAUCCAAACGAUAUAAUUGGAGUGAAGUCAACAACUUCACAGUACGGCAAUGGAGGAGAGCGAAGCACUACACGACGAUAUUCUGGUACGAAUGAUCCAAACGAUAUAAUUGGUGUAAAGUCGACAUCAAAAGACGACAAUGGAAGAGAUCAAAGAACCACAAGACGAUACACUGGUACACUUGAUACAAGUGACGUGAUCAGCGCUGAAUCGACAACUCCAGAAAUUAACAACGAAGUGGACGAAAGUAGUACUCGAAAACAUGCUGUAACAAAAUCGCCCAUCAGUAGAAGAACAACUACGUUGGUGAAAGGCAGCGAAGAUAGUGACGAGUUUCCACUAGAUAGAAGAACAACGGAACCAACAGAUGGUACUCAUGGCAAGAAAACAACUAUAUCGACGGACAAUGAACAAACCAAACAAACAACUAGAGAUAAUCCAGCUACAAAGAUACAAACUGAUGAGCCAAGCAGGAGAACUACCACUUUAGUAAUCAAUAAUGAUCGCGGUGACAAGAGAACAACGACGUCGAAAGAACAACGCAGGACAACUGGUUCGGCUGGUGAAACGAACAGAGAGACAACACCAAUAACCCGAGAUAAUGAACAGCACCAGAGCGAUUCAAAUCCUAGCUCCAAUCAACUUGACGAACCAAUGUUAAUCAGUUCCCUGGUCGGGGCAUUGGCUGGCAGUAUAAUUGGAACAUUGUUGGUUGCUAUUCUCGUGAUAGCUUGCCUAGCAUUUUCAAAGAGACGUGGUGAAAAUAAGGAUUAUAGCAAAAUCUAACUCUAGACAAUGCUUGCCUGCUGAUUCACAACAUAGAUAUAUACGCAACACAACAUAUUCACAACAUUAGGAUAUAUAUUUAAUCAUCAGUUAUUAUAAUGAUUCGAUUACGAAUCUACUUUACUUUGGACUGUUGAGAUCCAUUAAAUUCCAAAUGAACCGUUUGAUUCAUAUCCUAUUGUUCCUAUUCUUAUUUUUAUCAAAUUCGAAUAAAAUAUUGAUAAUUUCAAAAG